ACCUAAUACCACCUCCCUUUCCAAUAGGCAACCACUUUUGGUCAAAUUGGAACUUACCGUGACUAGCAUGUCAUCAUUCAUUUGGUGGGGACAAGCUAGAAAUGCCACAAUCCUCAUUUGUUGUCAUGGUAACAUCGAGACCUGCACAGACAGUGGUCCAAAAUAUUAGAAACUGUGUGUUGGCAACUGAUAGAUUUGUCUCGGGGCUCCUUUGGGGAAUCAGGUGCAAUCUUUCUAGACCAGUAAAUAUCAGCCAUUUGGCAAAAUUUGAUGAUUGUUACGCUAAGCAGAGAACACCAGAAAUUAUUUUGGAGAAUCCACAUCCACCUGCGCUCCCCCUUUUCUCCCACUGAGCCUCCACCCCGACAUUCCUCAACAUAUUGCUCCUGUUCAAUUAUUUAGUUGUUAGCCUGCUCGGGUCCCGAGCUGCAGGGAAAAGCUUUACCUGGCGAUUAGAACAGAGCUUGUCACUGGCGGCGACCUGAUAUCUCUGUUGUUGUCAGGGACUGGAGGAAGAUGACUUUUGCCACAUUAUGCAGGCGGAAAUGUCAUUACCUCAUUGCAGGCUCGUCAUUUGCAGCCUUUGGUUUCCCAGCGGCGGAGAGAAAUUGUGUGUGCUUGUGUAGAUAUGAAGAUGAGCUUGUGUGUGUGUGUGUUUGUGUGUCACCCAACACAAAUGCCACAAGCCCAUACAAUAGAGAACAGCACAUCCUGGCAAUUAUUGGUAAAACUAAUAUUUGAAAUGCUCACCUCUAUAAUAAGAAGAAAAAAUAUCUCAUUGACUACCUUCAUGCUAUUCCGAGAAAGCAAAUAUUUGACUGGAAUAUGACAUUUUUGAAUUGGAUGAAAAAUCCUAUUUAAAUCCGCUAGGGGUCACUCUUGAAGCAAUUCUACUUUUUUCUAUUUUUUUUUAAACCAACCUUGAUAUGGUGAAGUUGUUCAUCCAGUAUUUAUAAUAUGCACUCAUCAAAAUUUGAAUUUAAGUCACCUAGCCACUCAUAAUAUUCAAUAGGAAAGCUGCACUUCAAAUUCAAUUGUUACUCUAUAACAAUAUGACAACUGAGUUAUACUUUAUGAUAGUGUCUGUAUAUGUCAGUACAUUUUUUUUUAACAAUGCAAUAGUUUGUUCAAGGAAAUGCUGGUAAAGUAAUCUAUUUCCCCAGACUUCCUGUGUUCAUUAUAAGCUAAACACUUAGGGAGAAGAGCAAUCAAAAGUGCACAGUAAGCAUUGCCGCUGAUUUUAGCCCAAGAAAAGUCAAUCUGGAUUCCUCUCGCUGAUCUAUUAUGCAGCUAAAAACACACAGGACUAUUUGUUUUCUUGCUGGACUGUAUGCACUGCCAAUGUCUGUCCUUUCAGGCAUGGAUAUGCAAAUUACACUGGAGUUAUUAAUCACAGUGUCACAGGGAUUAUGCAAAUGAGGAGUAAAGACCGGGGAUGGAAAAAAAAAAAAAAAAAGAAGUCUUGACAUCAACAAAUUUAUGUUGGCAUUCACCAGAGGUGAAGUGUUAAAUUGUUGGCUGUGAUCGUGGUUAACUUUCGGUGGAAAAGGUUAAGUUUAUGUCAGGAGAUGUUUUGGGUCAAGAUAGUAGACAGCUAGAGUCUUCAUGAGCCUGUUUGUGAAUUAAUUUAGUUUUUGGUAAUCUCAUCCAACCUUCCCUUGUGUGUUGUUUUUUAAAACGUUGGUAUUUGGAAAAACGAACAGCAUAUAACCAAAAUGAUGAUGUUUUGAAACUAUGGGAAUCAAUUUGGUGUUUGUGGUUAAGCAAAGGUUUAGAAUCUUAACGUCUAUUAGCCUGUUUAUGGUGUUUCACGUGAUAAAUUAGCAUUAAGCUACCGGACUUUUGAUAAUGUUUUGAUUUUGAAAAAAUGAGCUGUCUGUUGUACCAUAAACUUCAAGUAGGAGUGACAAAUAACCUUGAAGCGAGCACACUUGGCCUCUUAUUUGCACAACUCUUUGGAAUGCUUUUUAAAAAACAAAUUGAAUUACUACCUUAAGUGUGUUUUAUUAAGUUCAAACGUAGACAUACAAUAGACAGACAAUACCCAUUGAAGCUCCUUUCUAUUGUCCCUAAUAUAACGGCGGCCCUCGCAAAUUGGAAGCAACACACAGGAGCGACGGCUCACCUCCCCCUGCAGCGUUUCCUCCCAACCUUGGUGGAUGAUUAUUGGCAGGUUUUGGGGCAUUGCUGCAAAAGAAAACACAAAAGUCAGAAGAAUCAUAAAAGAUGUGCAUUCCAUCCCCAAAGAAUAACUGAAAAUGACGACAGGCAUAUGGAACCAGCAAUCAACCUGACAUUGAAUAAGCCACGCCCCCUAAAUGGUUCAUAACCCAGUUCCAGACCGCCACACAAGACGAGCACAAUGACUGACAGCCAGACAAGCUGAGGAGACCUGUCACACAUUGUCUUAUCAACACGUCAAAGGGUUAUCUCCUCCUCGCCCCCCCCCCUUUUUUUUCCCCACUAGCCUCUCUCAAUCUCGCCCUCUUCUCAAUGGGCUGCUAACCCAAGAGACAUCGAAAUCGUGAAAAGACGCCUUUAAGUCACUGAGAAUCUCCCAAUUGCUGUCAGUGGAAGCAAAAGUAGAAGAUCCUUGUUUCAAAGUCUUCAUAAGGUGAUCCAGCUCCAAGUCGAGGAGCUGUGAGAGGACCAGUCAUGCUCCUCUACUUGGCACUGCAGGCGUUGUGGACUGGCCUUUGCCAAGCCGCCAUGCAGCACUACCCCGCGGCUUGGGGCCACUACGACGUUUGCAAAUCCCAAAUCUACUCAGACGAAGGACUAACCUGGGACUAUAUGGCCUGCCAGCCAGAGGCGGCAGACAUGACCCACUACCUGAAGGUCACGCUUGAUCCACCUAACAUCACCUGUGGAAAUCCUCCGGAGACAUACUGUGCAUUGGAAAACCCUUACAUGUGUAAUAAUGAAUGUGACGCCAGCACCGAGGAACUCGCCCAUCCUCCGGAACUCAUGUUUGACAUCGAGGGCCGCAACCCUACGACGUUCUGGCAGUCGACAUCCUGGAAAAGGUAUCCAAAGGCCCUCCUGGUUAACAUCACGCUGUCGUGGAACAAGACCAUCGAGCUGACCGAUGAUAUCGUCCUCACGUUUGAAUCGGGCCGACCAGAACAAAUGGUACUGGAAAAGUCGCUGGACUACGGACGUACCUGGCAGCCGUAUCAGUUCUAUGCCACGGAUUGCCUGGAUGCCUUCACCAUGGAGCCCAAGACGGUGCAGGAUCUGACCCAGCAUACCCUGCUGGACAUCAUCUGCACCGAGGACUACUCUCGAGGUUACGUGUGGAAAUACGAUAAAACCGUUCGCUUUGAGAUCAAGGACCGCUUUGCUCUGUUCGCCGGGCCUCGACUCCACAACAUGGCUUCGCUUUACGGCCAACUGGACACCACCAAGAACUUGAGAGACUUUUUCACCAUCACAGACCUGAGAAUCCGACUGCUCCGACCUGCAACUGGAGCUACGAUGGUGGACGAGAACAACCUGUCCAGAUACUUCUACGCCAUUUCGGACAUCAAAGUCCAGGGCAGGUGCAAGUGCAACCUUCACGCCAACAGCUGCGUGUUUGACAAAGAGAAGCUUAGCUGCGAGUGCGAGCACAACACCACCGGGCCCGAUUGCGGCCGCUGUAAGCGCAACUACCAAGGCAGAACGUGGAGCGCCGGCUCCUACCUGCCCAUCCCUAAAGGCACUGCAAAUAUAUGUAUUCCUAAUAACAUUGGUCCAGUUAUUCGGCCGAAUGUCUCGUCCCUAGGUGUCGCUAACCGAAAAGAAGUAGCUCCACAAGUUGCAUUGUCCACUGCCCCUUCAGUCCACGUUGCAAACCGCAAACGAGAGUGUAAAUGUAAUCCCUUUGGCUCAGUCAGUGAUCGCUGUAAUGGCACAGGAUUUUGUAUAUGUAAGGAGGGCACUACAGGGCCCAAGUGUCGCGAGUGUCUGCCUGGCUAUAUGUGGGACGAUGGCUGCAAAUCUCGGGUGUGCGACAACGAGCUCAUGCGCUGCCAAAACGGCGGCGAGUGCGUCGGCAACGUCCGUUGCAACUGUCCCUCAGCCUACAGCGGCCUGCUGUGCGAGAAGCCGCGCUGCGAGACGGAACUGGGGGGUUGUCGAGGUCCCAGUUCAGACCAGCCCCCCCUGAGGCCUCCUUCCUUUUUCGGGUUGCUGCCUCUGCUUCUUCUGGGCUUGGCGCUUCUCUAAAGAGACCUAGUGGGAGCCAUUAAACCGCAACACACACACACAUAGCCUUCACCCCACCGACCCAUCCCUCUUUCGAAUAACCGGCAACCAUUCAAGCAAAACAAUCAUGAGCUUUGUGGACUGUACUGUACCAGCUUCUUCUUUGAGCAGCCUCAGCGGACACUGAUGUGAAAAGGAAUGUGCCAGACUAACGAGUGCAAAAACAUCUUUUAUUUCUAUUCAAUAUCAAAGAAUAUAUACAAAAAAAAAAAUAAUCCAAUGUAUACUUGUAAAAAAAAAAAGAUGAUUUAACAAAAAAAAAAGUGCAAUGGACA